CUACUCUGUGACUGUGCAAGAGUCCUACCCACAUCCCUUCGAUCAGAUCUACUACACCAGCUGCACUGACAUCUUAAACUGGUUUAAAUGCACGAGGCACAGAAUCAGUUAUCGGACAGCCUACCGCCAUGGGGAGAAAACCAUGUACCGGCGCAAAUCCCAGUGCUGCCCGGGCUUUUAUGAAAGCAGAGACAUGUGUGUCCCUCACUGUGCGGAUAAAUGUGUCCAUGGCCACUGCAUUGCUCCCAACACCUGUCACUGUGAGCCUGGCUGGGGUGGAACCAACUGCUCCAGUGCCUGCGACGGCGACCACUGGGGCCCGCACUGCAGCAGCCGGUGCCAGUGCCGGAACGGCGCGCGCUGCAACCCCAUCACGGGCGCGUGCCACUGCGCGGCGGGCUUCCGCGGCUGGCGCUGCGAGGAGCGCUGCGAGCCGGGCUCCUACGGCGACGACUGCCGGCAGCGCUGCCAGUGCCAGAACGGGGCCACCUGCGACCACGCCACCGGGGCGUGCCGCUGCCCGCCGGGCUUCGCCGGAGCCUUCUGUGAGGAUCUUUGUCCCCCUGGGAAGCAUGGGCCACAGUGUGAGCAGAGAUGUCCUUGCCAAAAUGGGGGAGUGUGUCACCAUGUCACCGGAGAAUGCUCUUGCCCUUCUGGCUGGAUGGGCACCGUGUGUGGUCAGCCUUGCCCUGAGGGUCGCUUUGGAAAGAACUGUUCCCAAGAAUGUCAGUGCCAUAAUGGAGGGACAUGCGAUCCUGCCACAGGCCAAUGUCACUGCAGUCCAGGAUACACGGGGGAACGAUGCCAGGAUGAGUGUCCCGUUGGCACCUACGGGGUUCACUGUGCCGAGACCUGCCGGUGUGUCAACGGGGGCAAGUGCUACCAUGUGAGCGGCGCGUGCCUGUGUGAAGCAGGCUUUGCCGGAGAGCUCUGCGAGGCUCGCCUGUGUCCCGAGGGGCUCUACGGCAUCAAGUGUGACAAGCGGUGUCCCUGCCACCUGGACCACACUCACAGCUGUCACCCCAUGUCUGGCGAGUGUGCCUGCAGGCCAGGCUGGUCUGGACUUUACUGUAAUGAGACAUGCUCUCCUGGGUUCUACGGAGAAGCGUGCCAACAGAUCUGCAGCUGCCAGAACGGAGCUGACUGUGACAGCAGGACGGGACAGUGCACCUGUGCACCCGGAUUCAAAGGAGUUGACUGUUCUACCCCGUGUCCUUUGGGAACCUAUGGCAUAAACUGUUCCUCUCGCUGUGGCUGUAAAAACAACGCUGUCUGCUCUCCUGUGGAUGGGUCUUGUAUUUGCAAGGCAGGCUGGCACGGGGUGGACUGCUCCAUCCGCUGCCCCAGUGGCACCUGGGGCUUUGGCUGUAACCUGACAUGCCAGUGUCUCCACGGAGGUGCGUGUGACACCCUGGACGGCACCUGCACCUGCGCCCCCGGGUGGCGCGGCGGGAAGUGCGAGCUGCCCUGCCAGGAUGGCACGUAUGGGCUGAACUGUGCCGAACGCUGCGACUGCAGCCACGCAGAUGGCUGCCACCCCACCACGGGCCACUGCCGCUGCCUCCCCGGGUGGUCAGGUGUGCACUGUGACAGCGUGUGUGCUGAGGGGCGCUGGGGUCCCAACUGCUCUCUGCCCUGCUACUGUAAAAACGGGGCUUCGUGCUCCCCCGACGAUGGCAUCUGUGAAUGCGCUCCAGGGUUUCGAGGGACCACGUGCCAGAGAAUUUGCUCCCCUGGGUUUUACGGACAUCGCUGUAGCCAGACGUGCCCGCAGUGUGUUCACAGCAGCGGCCCAUGCCACCACAUCACGGGCCUGUGUGACUGUCUGCCCGGCUUCACAGGGGCCCUCUGCAAUGAAGUGUGUCCCAGCGGCAGAUUUGGAAAAAACUGUGCAGGAAUUUGUACCUGCACCAACAAUGGCACUUGUAACCCCAUUGACAGAUCCUGUCAGUGCUACCCGGGUUGGAUCGGCAGCGACUGCUCACAGCCCUGUCCACCAGCUCACUGGGGCCCGAACUGUAUCCACACCUGUAACUGCCACAACGGAGCCUUCUGCAGCGCCUACGAUGGGGAAUGUAAAUGCACUCCUGGCUGGACUGGACUCUACUGUACUCAGAGAUGUCCUCUGGGGUUUUAUGGCAAGGACUGUGCUUUGAUUUGCCAGUGUCAAAACGGAGCCGACUGCGACCACAUUUCCGGGCAGUGCACCUGCCGCACGGGGUUCAUGGGACGGCACUGUGAGCAGAAGUGCCCUGCUGGGACUUACGGCUAUGGCUGCCGCCAGAUAUGUGACUGUCUGAACAAUUCCACCUGUGACCACAUCACCGGGACCUGUUAUUGCAGCCCUGGCUGGAAGGGGGCGCGCUGUGAUCAAGCCGGAGUUAUUAUCGUGGGGAACCUGAACAGCUUGAGCCGCACCAGUACUGCCCUCCCUGCCGACUCCUACCAGAUUGGGGCCAUCGCGGGCAUCAUCAUCCUCGUCCUCGUGGUCAUCUUCCUCCUGGCCUUGUUCGUUAUUUAUAGACAGAAGCAGAAAGGAAAGGACUCGAGCAUGCCAGCCGUGAGCUACACCCCGGCCAUGAGGGUCAUCAAUGCGGAUUACAGUAUGGCAGAAACCUUGCCACACGGCAGCGGUGGGAAUGGUAACAGCCACUACUUCACCAACCCCAGCUACCACACGCUCACCCAGCGUGCCGCCUCCCCUCACUUCAACAACAGGGAGACGCUCACCAUCGCCAAGGCAAAGAACAACCAGCUGUUUGUGAAUCUUAAAAGCGUGAACCCUGGGAAGAGAGGCCCCGUGGUGGACUGUGCCGGGACGCUGCCUGCGGACUGGAAGCAGGGCGGCUACCUCAAUGAGCUCGGUGCUUUUGGACUUGACAGAAGCUACAUGGGAAAAUCCUUAAAAGAUCUGGGAAAGAAUUCUGAAUAUAAUUCAAGUAACUGCUCCCUAAGCAGUUCUGAAAACCCAUACGCCACCAUCAAAGACCCGCCAGUGCUACUUCCUAAAACCUCCGAGUGUGGCUACGUGGAAAUGAAGUCGCCAGCGCGGAGAGAUUCCCCCUAUGCCGAGAUCAAUAAUGCAACCUCAGCCAACAAGAAUGUUUAUGAAAUCGAACCUACCGUGAGUGUCGUCCAAGGAAUAUUCAGCAAUAAUGGACACCUUACCCAGGAUCCAUACGACCUGCCAAAGAACAGUCGCAUCCCUUGCCACUAUGACCUGCUGCCAGCCCGGGGCAGUUCAUCCUCUCCUAAGAGAGAGGAUGGUGGCGGCAGCAGCAGCAGCAGCAGCAGCAGCAGCAGUGAAUGA